AUGGACGCAGUCCGCGCGUCGGCCCGCACACAAUCCCCUGCGCCUUCCCCCCACGGCGCUAUCGGGGAAGCACUGGGCCACCACGCGCGCUCGUCGUCAAUGGCUGCUGGUAGGCCUGCCACACCGCGGACCAACCCGCAAACGUCGUCGUCGUCGGCCGAAGGUGACGAGCUCGACCUAAACGCCCUGAUGGUGCACGGCCAGCGGCAGCGCGAGCUGUCGGAGCUUGACCGCUCGCGCUUCGGACGCUUUGGUAUCGCACCACCGUCGGCCAGUGCUGGGCCGACCGUGCCUCUUCGCGGCCGCACAGGCUUUGGCGUCGGUGGUGGGCUGGGCGACCGCUCCGACUCACCCUCGCGCUGGCCCAACAAUGACGAGUGGCGGGAGGCGGGCUCGCGUUCCAGAGACGCGAGUAUGCACCGCCAGAGCUCGGGAGCAGGCGCGGUGAAUUCGGUCACCCCGACUGGCCCAAGCCUUUCGUUCAUGGACCAGCCCUUUCCGUCACCCAUAGGCCGCCCCCGCGGGAGCAUGGGAAAUAUUGGGUUCGGCAACCCGGCUACACCUAACGCGCCCGCAGAGCCCGCGCAGGCCGCGCAGCAUCACCUCACGGCCCUGUCAAAUAUUAUCGAACCCUUAUGUCGCCAGAACGACGAACUCAUUCGCCUGCGUGCCGAGGUUGAGCUCUGGCGCGGCGAGUGGCAACGUCGUGACCGCGAGUGCCGCCGCCUCGAAAGCAUCGUCAAGAGCGAGGACCCCGCCAAGGGCCGCCCCAAGUUUUCGGUUGCCCUCAUUGACGGCGAUGGCCUGAUCUUUCAGGACGAGCACCUAGGCAAGGGGUACACUGGAGGUCAGGCUGCUGCACGCGCGCUUAUUGGCGCGCUGCCGGGACUCACGGGCCGGGUGUCGCGUGACGCCGAUAUUAUGCCGAUCGAGAACACGGACACCAAGCCCCGCGACCUCGGCCAGGUUGUCGUGCAGGUCUUCCUCAACAAGGGCGGCCUCGGCCAUGCCCUCGUCAAAUCUGGGUCCGUGCCGUCGUGGUCGGUCUAUGACGCGUUCUGGCAGGGCUUCGCUUCGGCCCAUGACCUCUUCAGUGUGGUCGAUGUCGGGCACGGCAAGGAGGCGACUGACACCAAAAUCCGCGAGCACCUCAAGUUGUACGCCGCCCACGCGCAAUGUGGAACUGUGAUCUUAGGUGCCUCGCACGACAACUCUUACGGGCCGGUGCUGGCGUCGCUCGACACGACAAUGGGCCUAUCCAAGGUGGUCAUCCUGCAGGGCUACAGCGACCUCGCUCUCCAGCUGCAACCGUACGCGUCGCGCUGCGUCUCGAUUCCCGAGCUGUUCCGCACCAGACGUAUCGGUCCGGCUCCUGGCUCAGCUACCAUGCAGGCGCAGGGCAAGAAGGGCCGCCGCGGUAGCCGCGCACAGCAUGAAAGCGACAUGCCCAUUGCCUCGCCUCCGCCGCCUCCACCGUCCGCACAACCCGCGCCUCCCGCAAUUGGAUCGGCCCCGACAACUCCCCCACCUGCCGAGGGCGAGAUCGAGAUCGAGGUCGUAGAGUGGGAGGCGCUCGUGAACGGCGCUGCCAACAUGCGGCUCGAAGAGCCGCGCGGUCGCCGGCAGCGCAACGGUUCGACGUCACUCGCUGACGACGACGAGAAGAAGAAGGGCCUCGGCGCCAAGAAGGGCAAGCCAGCGACGCGUGCGACCACGGUGCCAACCGUGCGUAACCUCAAGCCUCGCCCAUGCCACACCUUCUACCUCUCGCCCUGGGGUUGCAAGAACGGCGAUGGGUGCGAAUACGCACACCAUUACAAGCUCAACGAGGACCAGACCGAGGAACUGGCGCGCCUCGCCAAGGAGAUUAUCUGCCCGUACGUCAGAAGCAAGCGCUGCCACUUUAAGGAGGACGAGUGUGUGUAUGGGCACCGGUGUCCUCGUGGCGAGCGGUGCACGUUUGGCGAGACGUGCCGCUUCAAGGACCUGCCGAACGGGCACGGCGAGGAGACGGCGGCAGCGGCAGCGGCUGCGGCUGCAGCCGCGGACGAAGACUCCCCUUCCAGCGCAUAA